GGCCCCAGCCCAGCGCAGCCCAGCCCGGCCCAGCCCAGCCACGGCUCGGCAGGCGGAAGGGAGGGGGACGGCGCAGAGCGGCUAGCGUCAGCGUUAGCCCUUGCAAACUGCCAGCUUAACGAAAGCAAUUUGCCUGUAUAACGCUUUCUAAACAGCAGUGCCGAGAGGUGAUGCUGGGGGUAGCCGGAAUGACGGGCAACAGCAUGGCAAAUGCCCUGGCCAAUGCGGCCUGUGAGCGCUGCAAGAGUGGCUUUGCUCCUGCUGAGAAGAUAGUCAAUAGUAAUGGAGAGCUGUACCAUGAGCAGUGCUUUGUGUGUGCCCAGUGUUUCCAGCAGUUUCCAGAGGGACUCUUCUAUGAGUUUGAAGGCAGGAAGUACUGUGAGCAUGAUUUCCAGAUGCUCUUUGCUCCUUGCUGUCACCAGUGUGGAGAGUUCAUCAUUGGUCGUGUGAUUAAGGCCAUGAACAACAGCUGGCACCCUGACUGCUUCUGCUGCGACAUUUGCCAGGCUGUGCUUGCUGAUGUCGGAUUUGUCAAAAACGCUGGCAGGCACCUGUGCCGCCCAUGCCAUAACCGUGAGAAAGCCCGUGGCCUCGGAAAGUACAUCUGCCAGAAGUGCCACGCCAUAAUUGAAGAGCAGCCGCUCAUUUUUAAGAAUGACCCUUACCACCCUGACCACUUCAACUGCAACAACUGUGGGAAGGAGCUGACAGCUGAUGCCAGGGAGCUGAAGGGAGAGCUCUACUGUUUGCCCUGCCAUGACAAGAUGGGUGUGCCGAUCUGUGGUGCCUGUAGGAGACCCAUCGAGGGACGUGUUGUCAACGCCAUGGGCAAGCAGUGGCAUGUGGAGCAUUUUGUGUGCGCAAAGUGUGAGAAGCCUUUCCUUGGUCACCGCCAUUAUGAGAGGAAGGGGUUGGCUUACUGUGAGACUCACUACAACCAGCUCUUUGGCGACGUUUGCUAUCACUGCAACCGUGUGAUUGAAGGCGAUGUGGUGUCGGCGCUGAACAAGGCCUGGUGUGUCAGCUGUUUCUCUUGCUCCACCUGCAACACAAAACUCACCCUCAAGAACAAGUUUGUUGAGUUUGACAUGAAACCUGUGUGUAAAAAAUGUUAUGAGAAGUUUCCUCUGGAGCUGAAGAAAAGGCUGAAGAAGCUGGCUGAGGCUGUUGGACGCAAGUAGUGUUUUCCAUACCUAAAACACCCUGGGGGUAUCUGUUGUAUCUGUUGCUAAAACCUUAACGUGAGAACUGCACAAUCAGCAGUUCCUAUGGGAAGGGCCCAGCAUUGUACCAGCGUGCCAAUGUAUAAUAAUUUAAAUCUUGGUUGCCUUUCCUCUCUUUGUAAACUGUCAUGAGCUGUCAUCAUGUUGGUACUUGUUUUGUAUUGCCAGUUUUUUUUUUUUUUUUUAAGUAAAUGUUUAAUUAUUUUUACAUUCCUCAAAGUGUCAGAACUUGUUAUUCUCUCCCAGCCAAGAAAUGUAAUACUCCUAUUGACACAGUGAAUACUAAUGCAUCAUUAUUACUUAAACCUUGAGCCAUUUAUAACUACUGUGCCCACUGUUAUGAAAACAACUUUGAGUUUAAAAAGUGCUGCAUCCAGAGCACUUUUGAAUGAGACUUGUAUUGUGCCUUGAGUAUAUGAACUACGUGUCUUAAUAUGCAACUGAUGUGUAAAAUGCAUUUUCGAAUAUACUGUUAUGCUUGUAUUACAUGUAUUUGCCUUAAUAAGGAUGUACUGAGAGCAGCAGUUCCCUUUACCAAAUGUCAGACUUUUUAGCAACCAUACUUCCAUGAGUUCAUGUGUUUCAACCACUAGUAUUGUGUCCUUUGCUGAGGCUGAGUUGCUCUUUUUUUUUUUUUUUUUUUUUUUUUUUUUUUUACACUCCGACUGUAGUUGAUUGAAAAAGUUUGGUCUACAGAGAAGCCUUUGUUCUUUGAUUCUCAAUGGCUGGGGUCAAAAUCUGAUGUUCACUGUUUUUUGUUUUUUUUUUUCUUUUUUUCUUCUUGCAUGUUCCAUAGUGGGCAAGAGUGAAUGUCGUCAUUUUGUGUGCCAUAUAUUUGCAUAUCUGCCAUGGGGCGUGUAGUCAAAAAUCUCUAUUGAAAAUGUGCAAAACAAAGGCUGCCUUGAACAGAUAUUCAAGAGACAUGUUCCUUUAAGGAUUAAAAUACAUAACACCGGUAUCACAUUUGUGACAUUUUAUCUUUUUCCUUUUUAACAUCAGUUUUUGCCAGUGAAAUGCUAAUGAUCAGGCUAAGUGGACUAGUGGUGAAUCAUUGCUUUGACAGAGAUGUACCUCUUUGUACUUUGGGUUAGGGUUAGGGUUAGGGUUCGUCAUCCCAACCGUUGUAAAUUCAAAUUAAGAUUUUCAGUUUGUUAUUCAGUAGGAAUAAUUAUUGUUCAUAAUAUUAAAAAAAAAUUGCAAGCACUGAUUCCAACUGCUGUGUUCCUUCCAAAUGACAAGCAUUUUUCUAGCAAUAGUUUAUUCAAGUAAUUAAGGGAUGAACACUAACAAAAGUGAUGUGUUUUAAUUCAUGUGGCAAAACAAUAGCUAAUAAGACAUGACUUUUGAUCACUUUUGAUGCUUCUUGCACAUGCCAUGCAUAUUUUCCAUAGGGAUUUUGAACUACACACCAAAUGGCAGGAAUGCUGACUUACAGUCCGCUUUGCUCGAAAUAGCAUUCCAUGAUGUCUCCUGUGUUUGGCCCCUGCGGUUUCUUUCUUGGGAAUUAGAAACGCAUCACUAAACAAUGGGGAUCCUGUUAGUGGUGCAGAGAGAUGAGCUGAAGUCUUUCACAUAUCUGCAGUUGUACAUUAGCUACAAAUAAAGUCCACCUUAAUGCGAACCGAUUUUUUUGGUGUUUAAAAUCCCUUUAAAAAAAAAAAAAAAAAAAGCCUUGUUGGCAAAUGUUUGAGGCUGACUGCUGAACUCACUGAAUAACACUGAAAUGUAAAUGUUGUAUUAAAGAAAAAAUAUUGCUUUAA